AUGAAUAAUAUAGAUAAUUCAGUGAUUCAGUUGCUUCAAGACAUUCAAGACGCGCUUAUUUCUCUAAAGAAUGGUCAAGAAGCAUUGGAGAAAAAACAAGAUGCAAUACAACUCGAAAUAACAAGUCUUCACAAUGAAUUGAAAGAUCGAGAACUCCCAGAUAAUACUAUUGUAGCUUCUGUCAAUAUGAUUGAGCAAGACCUAGGAAUAAGUCCAACCGCAGAAGUCAAGGGGGCUAUCAACACUUGCACCAAGCAUAUUUGUGAUCAGCUUGCUGCUCUUUCGUCUGUUCAGAUUCUCGGGCCCAAUUCAAGCUGA